AUGGCUUCAAACUCGGCAACGGCUCCCAAGCCGACGGGGGUUAAGGUCGUAAUUGUCGGAGCAGGCUUUGCUGGACUGACAGCUGCAAUUGAAUGCCAUCGUCAAGGACACCACGUCGAGAUCUAUGAAUCGUUCCCUGAGCUCAAAGCGCUCGGAGAUAUCAUUUCUUUCGGUCCUAAUGCAGGUCGAAUCUUCCGCCGCUGGUCCGAUGGUCUUGUUGCAGAUCGCUUGAAGCCACUCAGUCUGGACCUGCAUGAUCGCGGAUUUAAUAUUCACAAGUGGUCCGGCGAAUUGAUGCACAACCAGCCUUCUCAUGAGCAUGAUCCGGAUGCCCCAGUAUUCAAUGGUCACCGAGGUGAAUUUCACACUGUGAUCUUCAACUAUGCUAAGGAUGACCUCGGUAUCCCGAUUCAUCUUGGCCAGAGGGUUGAAGAGUACUUUGAAGAUGAGAAUGAGGCUGGUAUAAUCCUGAAAACUGGAGAGAAGAUCACUGCGGAUAUGGUCAUUGGCUCGGACGGAGUGCGCUCCAAAGCGCGAAAAUUGGUACUGGGCUAUGUUGAUAAGCCCAAGCCAAGUGGCUACGCGAUCUUCCGAGCCUGGUUCUCAAAUAAGGAUAUGAUCAAGGAUCCACGGACAAAGCACUUCUGCGACAAUGGAGACACCUUCAACGGCUGGAUUGGUCCUGACGUGCAUUUCCUCUUCUCUACAAUCAAGAAUGGAGAAGACUGCUGCUGGGUUUUGACACACAAGGAUGAUGCUGAUAUUGACGAGUCGUGGUCUUUCCCCGGCAAACUCGAAGACGUGUACAAAGUUAUCGAAGGAUGGGAUCCUCUCGUCAAGACUAUUGUCGAGAAGACCCCAACUGCCGCCCUGGUCGACUGGAAGCUUGUAUACCGAGACCCACUGUCUCGGUGGGUAAGUGACCAUGGACGUAUUGCACUAGUUGGAGACGCAGCACACCCCUUCCUGCCCACCUCCAUUCAAGGAGCAACACAAGCGAUGGAGGACGGUGUCGUUCUCGCUGUUUGCCUAAAAGAAGGUGGCAAGAACAAUGUACCAGCUGCUGUGCGGGCUUAUCAGGAUAUCAGAUAUGAUCGAGUGAAGGCUGUCCAGAAGACUGGUGAGACUACCCGGGAUAUGUGGCACAAGGCAGAUUGGGAUCAGGUUGCCAAGGAUCCGACUAAAAUUGCGCUCCCUCGUGAAGAUUGGAUUUUUGCCUUUGAUGCUGAGAAGAAUGCCGCCGAGACAUUUGAUAAUGUAGUUAAGAAAGCGCAAUUAGUGAACUGA